GUUCCGGAAGUUCCGCCAAAUGAUUUAACCGAUUAAGCGGAAGUUAGGAAAAAGGACCCGUGAAAAAUCGCCUACUUUUCGGAAUUGUAUCGACUAAAACAUUGAAAAUGUUGAAAGAAUUGGUGCAGGAGCGACUAAUGAUGGCAGCCGAUGAGAUAUUCGCGCUGUUUGAAAGAACGAUAGCGUCGUACGAGGAGGAACUUUGUCGAACAAGAGAGGAGAAGGAGCGAUAUCGACAACAUUUGGAAGCUGUUGGCGAGACCCAAAUAAUGUUGCGCAUUGAAGACGUCCAGCAGCUUAUUGGUCAUCGAGAAGAAAGUUCCCCUCAACCGCAGGGGGGGAACUCUACUUCAAAGGAGGAGGAUCCCCAGCCACCCCACUUCAAAGAGGAAGCGGAGGAGCUGUGGAUCACUCAAGCCAGGCCAGAAGAGGCCGACCUUGCCAUGAUGCCCCUGACUGGUGUCUCUGAGAAGACAGAAGACAAACCACAAGUGGACAACCUCCUAGCUCAACCAUCAUAUAGUGAGGAGACCACGUCACACUCUCCUGAGGAUGGAGACCCCCAAGAACCUAUGAGCAGCAGCAUGGAUUAUUCGGACUGCUACCAAAGGGAGACGGCUAAAAAAUCUUUGACCUGCACAGUUUGCGACAAAAGCUUCCCUUACAACAAGGAUAUGACCCGACACAUGAGAACGCACACGGGGGAAAAACCUUUCGGUUGUUCACUUUGCGGCAAAGGCUUCUCAGAGAAGUCGCACCUGUCGAUACACAUGAGAACGCACACCGGGGAGAGACCCUUCAGCUGCUCCGUUUGCGAUCGGAGAUUCUCCUGGAAGACCAACAUGCUGUCACACAUGAGGACGCACACGGGAGAGAAACUUUUGUACAGCUGCACAGGCGGUGGUCAAAAAAAGUCUUAAAAGACAAGGGAAACCUUUUUGAUGCUAAAUUUGUCAUGAGGAUAAACAUUUUUUGGGAAGAACUCUGCUUAGUCUCACGCAGACACUGGUGGUCUACAGUUUGUGCCAAUUAUACUAAAACUGACUUAUUUUAUAUUAUGCUGCAUUUGUUUCUGGGUUUUUAAUACAAAUACUAAAAGCAGUGAAGUCAGCACAUUGUUUAAAUCGUUAAUAAAAACAGAAUACAAUGAUGUGCAAAUGCUUUUCAAACUAUAUUCCAUUGAAUAAACGGCAAAGUUCAAGAUA